AGAAUGAGUCAAGCAGCUGGCAAUGACGGACAGGCGGUCCCAGAGGGGGAGUCUGAGCACGUGAGCGUGCACACUGAAGCAUCGAGCUUCACACCUCAGCAGGCCUCCGAGCAGGCGGUCCCGGGCGUGGGCCCUAUACCGGAAGCCAUCCCUAUUGUCCAGCCGCAGUUCGCGACUAACUUCAUGAACUUCCUCCAGCAGAUGGCUGGAGCUUACGUGCCACCACCGCCGCCACCAGUGGCGGUGGUCACUAUCGAGAAACUCCGGAAGAAUGGAGCUGAGGAAUUCUUGGGCGAUCAGAUCGCCGACCCCAUGAUUGCCAAACGGUGGUUUGAGCGAACCAUCCGAGUGUUGGGGAACCUGAGGGUUCCACAGGAGCAGCGUGGCGACCUCGCAGUCGCAUUACUUCAGGAUUCCGCCUACGACUGGUGGAAACGUGUGGGAGCAGGCGUCCCGGAGCCCGUGCAGUGGGCCACAUUUGACCGACUCUUCCACGAAGAGUACAUCCCUGAGCACUUCGUCGAGGCGAAGCGGGAGGAGUUUUUGAAGUUCACCCAGGGUGAACUCACACUGCCUGAGUAUCGUCAGAAGUUUGACGAGCUCGCGGGGUUUGGGCUAGACCUCGUACCGACCGUGGAGAAGCGAUGCAAACGCUUCGUGGAGGGUUUACGUCCCGACCUUUCGACCCAUCUGAUCAUUGCUCCCCGGAGUGACAUCAAUGCGUUGUACAAGAAUGCGUUGGAUUUGAACGCGGCCCUCAUCAAGAAGGCUGAGUAUGAGCAGACGCUAGGAGUGUCAUCGGCACCAUCUCGUCCUCCUCCACCCCAGAAGGCGGGGACCAGCAGCAAGAGGUCCUUUACAGCGCCGAGCAGCUCUCACCAGAGUAAGAAGGUGAAGUCAGCCCCAGCUCAGUCAUCUGCGUCCGUACAGAAGAAGGGCAAGAGCGGGGAUGGGUUUCGCAACCCGAUUUGCAACCUUUGUGGGCGCAGGCACCCAGGAGAGUGUUGGUACACUCUUGGCCUAUGCCUUGGGUGUGGCCAGGCUGGGCAUUUCCGAAAAGAUUGUCCGAAGAAUCCGGGUGAGGCAUUCUCGACCGCACCAGCCGCUCCAGCCCCGGCAGCGCAGCCCGCCCAGAGUCAGAAGUCGGCGGCAGCAUCUAGCUAGCCCAAACGGCAGGCAUCUGGCGCUCAGGCGGGGAAGGCCCGUACUUACGCAAUGCGAGGGCGUACCGAGCAGCCCGCCCAUGACGUCAUCAUGG